UCAGUACACUUCUCACCAACACCCCAACAAUGAAAACGUGUCUCCUAUUUCUUUUCUAUUUCCCUCUAAUUUCCAUCAUCUAUGCCGAAACCCAAAAAGACCGCCCGGUGGUAACCACCCCCUUGGGCAAAAUCCGCGGCUACCACAAAAAAUCAGCCAAACGCAACCUUUUCGCAGCCUUCGAGGGUAUACCAUACGCCAAACCACCAGUUGAAAGCCGACGAUUUGAACCACCAGAACCCAUCGAACCAUGGAAAGGCACAUGGGAUGCGAUUUCCGUUACCGAGUGUCCUCAAACCGCCUUGAUACAAAUGACGUCGGUUCAAGGUGAAGAAGACUGCCUUUAUGUUAACGUGUACGUACCACGCGAGUACCCCAACCCCGAAGAACGACUCAACGUGAUAGUGCACAUCCAUGGGGGUAUGUUCAUGUACGGGAGUGGCCACUCCUACUCCCAUCCCGAGUACUUCAUGGACGAAGAAGUCAUUUUCGUGAACUUCAACUACCGGUUGGGGAUUUUUGGCUUCUUGAGUACUGGAGAUAGCGUGGUUUCGGGGAACAACGGCUUAAAAGAUCAAGUGAUGGUUCUAAAAUGGGUGCAGGAGAAUAUUGGGAGUUUCGGGGGUAAUCCGGAGAGUGUGACUCUCACGGGGUUAUCAGCGGGUGCUUCGAGUGUACAUUUUCACUACAUUUCUGAUAUGUCAGUCGGUUUGUUCCAAAAAGGGUUCUCCCAAAGUGGAGUAGCUCUGAACUCGUACGCCCUCCAGGAAGAACCUUUAAAGAAAGCUAAAACGUUGGCGGAAGCUGUCGGGUGCCCCACGGCUUCGACUUCGGUUCUAGUGGACUGUCUAAAACAAAGACCUUUCAAGCAUUUGUUGACGAAAAUGCCACUAUUUUUCGGGCACCAUUUCCUUCCGGCAACUCCCUUCGGGCCGGUUUUGGAAAAAGGGUCCCAACCGUUCUUGAACAAAAACCCAUAUUAUCUUCUACUGAAAGGGAAAGUUCAAGAUUUGCCAUGGCUUACUUCCACGGUGUCUCACGAAGGGUUAUUCCCAGGAGUUUUUUUUAUCAAGGAGUUGGACCAACUUAGUAAGAACUGGACACAAGUAGCCCCGUUUUUGCUAGAUUAUAGAGAUUCUUUGGCUGAAACGUUGUGGGUGAGUACCGCUGAGAAAAUUCGAGAGUACUACUUAGAGGGAAAUCAGGAGAUAACCAUGGAGACGUUUCCCAAAUUAGUGCAAAUGUUAAGUGACCGGUUUCUGGUAGACGUGGAAGCCGCUAUUAAACUGCAGUCAAAAGUUAAUAAGUCUCCUGUAUAUUACUAUCAGUUUGGGUACCCUGGAGACUCUAACAGCGACAAAACGGUCGCGCAUGGUGCAGAUGCCCAGUACUUUUUCUUUAGCAUGUACAACAGGCCACCGUCACCCGACGAACUAAAAAUGAAAGAUAUUUUGAUGGAUAUGCUCUUAACUUUUGUCAAAACUGGGAAACCAAGAAUUGCUGAUCGCAAGUGGGAGCCUGUCGAGUUUCCAGAUGUAAGAUUCAUGGAUGUGCCAACGUUUGAACUGGAUCAAGUCAAAAUGGUCACUGUAAAGGAACUAGCACCUAGAGAGUUUUGGAAAAGUUUAGGAUUUUUGGAAAAUCAAAAUCUGCUUUUAAUGAAAGACGAGUUGUAAAUUUAGCAGUAUUGUGACAAACAAAGGCAGGAUUUAUAUAAAUACAUGAA